GGCGUCUUUCACGGGAUAACGCAUAUCCGCCGCACACUGGGCAGUUUUAAUUAUCGUGGGUGUGACUAAUACCAGUGAAAAGGAUUACAAGUGAACAAUAAUAUAGUGUCAAACUAUUUAAGUGCCUAAAAUAUUCUGACUUAAGUUUCAUAUCGUCGCUAUACACGACUAUUUGCAAAGAGGAGCGCGCGCGCUUCUACACGAUGAGUACAGGCGGUUGAGGCGGCCGCGCGCGCCACUACAGACAUGUCGUUCUUUAAUAACCUUAAGAAGGUGCUCCACCUCGGCGGCGGCAAUGACGCGAAAAAGAAGAAGGUGUUCAACAACAUUCGCGACAACAGCGACCCCACCGAGAUCUGGGACAUGGUGGGGGAGCUCGGCGAUGGCGCAUUUGGGAAGGUGUACAAAGCGCAACAUAAGACCACCGGCCAGCUCGCCGCCGCCAAGAUGUGCGUUCUCGACAACGAGGACGACCUCGCCGACUUCACCGUCGAGAUCGACAUCCUCAGCGAGUGCAGGCACCCCAACGUGGUGGAGCUGCACGAGGCGUACUUCAUCGACAAUAAGCUGUGGAUGCUACUAGAAUACUGCGACGGUGGCGCCCUCGACUCCGUGAUGUCCGAGCUGGAGAAAGGCCUCAGCGAGAAGCAGAUAGCCUACGUGUGCCGCGAGAUGACGCGCGGCCUCGAGUUCCUACACUCGCGGCGCGUCAUCCACCGCGACCUGAAGGCCGGCAACGUGCUGGCCACCAUGCAGGGCGGUGUCAAGCUGGCGGAUUUCGGCGUCUCAGCGAAGAAUAAGUCUACAUUACAGAAGCAUGAUACCUUCAUCGGUACGCCUUACUGGAUGGCGCCCGAAGUGGUGCUCUGUGAGACGUUCCGGGACAACCCGUACGAUUUCAAGGUGGACAUCUGGUCGCUAGGCAUCACCCUGAUCGAGUUCGCGCAGAUGGAGCCGCCGAACCACGAGAUGACGCCGAUGCGCGUCCUGCUCAAGAUACAGAAGAGCGAGCCCCCCACGCUGGAGCAGCCCAGCAAGUGGAGCCACGCUUUCAAUGAUUUCAUCGCUAAAGCACUAGUCAAGGACCCUGAAAAAAGGCCAACCUCCAGCGAGCUGCUCAAGCAUGAGUUUGUCUCCGGCAACCUGGACUCGAAGCCUCUCCGGGACCUGCUGCUCGAGUACCGGGCUGAGGUGGUUGAGGAGGAGCUGCUGGAUGAUGAUUCUGAGGAACAUCGCAGCUCUCAGAUGCACAUGGAGAUGGAAGAUGACUCGACCUCGGUGCGGUCGGCGGAUACGCCGGACGUCAAAAUGUCCGAGCAGGAGCCGGCGGCCGGCGCGACGCCCGCCCCCGCGCCCGCGCCCGCCCCCGCCCCCGCGCCGCCCUCCCCCCGCGCGGCCGCCCCCGCGCCGCCCGCGCCCGCGCCCGCGCCCGCCGCCGCCAAGCGCCCCCACACCGACGACCACGUGCCCGCUGACAGGAAACCCGCCCCAAAGAAAGAGAAAGGCCCCGCGCCUUUGCCGCCGGGCGCGUCCCCGCCGGCCUCGCCCGCGCCCGCCGCCGCCGCCUCCGCUCCCGCGCCCGCUACCGCUCCCGCCCCCGCCGCGCCCCGCAAGCCCCCCGCGCCGCCCCCGCCGCAGCAGGCGGCCGGCGAACUGCUAGUCGAUCAGGUGUGUCGAGAAGCGGAGAAAGUGGUGGAAGAAAAACAGAAAACACCAGAGAAAAAAGACACAAAAGACAAACCAAAACCCGAGCCGAGCCCAGAAAAAGAACCACCCAGAACAGAACAGCAGAAUUCCAUCGAAAAAGACGUUAGAGUUAAGAGCAGACCUAGUUCCAUAGUCAGCGAUUCCAGCACAGAAGGAAAGAAAUACAUCAGGACAGAUUCCAGUGAAGGAAAGAAGUAUUCCAGAACGAAUUCGGUAGAGAAGGCGGUUGUAGAGAUCGAGAAUAGAACUAGGGAAGAGAGGAGAGAGAAGAGCAGAGAACGGCAGAGGGAAGAGAGUAAGAGUAUAGAGACGAAUGCUGUUGAAAUUAGGCCUUUUACGCCGCCACAACCCAAAGAGCCGAUCCACAAGCCAUCAGCGCCGCCCGUGGCCGCCGUCGCCCAGCAAGUGGUGACCGUGGCCACGCCGGUGCUGGUGGCCGUGAGCGAGCGCGUGUCGCUGGUGGUGGAGCCGGUGGAGCCCAACUCGCUGGCCGCCACGCCCGCCGGCCUCGUCACCGUCACCACCACGCACCCGCCCGUGCUGGCCGCCAACGCUCCCCUCCCGCCCAACGCCGUGACGAUCUCGACGACGCCGCCCAUCGCCGACGAAGUCGUCAUCGUGGGCGCCGGCUCUUCGUCCGACGACGACUGUUUCGCUCCCUCGUCGCUUGACUCGCUGGACUGCACCAAUUCUUAUACAGAGAAAACUCGAGGCCGACGGUUGGACAGCAGCGAAGUGCUGAUACUGAGCCCCGGCGCCGCCGGCGACUCGGGCGUCUUCGACGACAGCGUCAACAACGUCAAUAUCAACGACACGUCGCACGUGUCGGUGGUGACGGUGGGCAGCGAGGAGCCGCGCGUGCGCGACUCGGCCGCGCCCGCCCCGCGCGCCGCGCGCCUCAGCCCCGACAGCUUCGAGAGCAGGAGAUCGCAGUCAGACAGCGGCUCGGUGGCGUCGGAAGGCUCCCGACGAGGCGCCGACGCGGACUCGCUCGCCACGUCGCACUCGCACGACUCGCGCCGCUACUCCAACCCCAACAAUGGCGUCAUAGUGAACCAAGACAGCCAAGUGCUCGAGAACGGCAACCAAGAAGAGCAGGUGGUGCUCCGAAGAAAGAACCAAGAUGGGCAGCCCAACAACAGGAUACAAAGGUCGAAAGAAGACAUCCACAUGGCUAACCUCAAGAAGAAGACGAGGAAACGCACGAGAAAGUUCGAGAUAGACGGCGUGAUGGUCACCACUACCACUUCCAAAGUUAUAUGGGGCGACGAGGAAAGCGGGCGCACUUGGGACGACCACGCGCUCCGCAAGCAGGAGCUGCGCGAGAUCAAGAUGCUGCAGAAGCAGGAACAGAAGCAGUUCCAGGACCUCAGCGCCAAGGAGCAGCAGCUGCGCGAGCAGCAGGACAAACGAUUCGAAGCGGAACUGGCGUCGCUAGCGCGAGCGCACGAAACAGACCUAGAAACACUCGCCCGAGCUCAGCGCGCCGCCGCCGAGCGGGCCGAGCAACAACUGGAGGCCGAGCUCAGGCAGGCGGCCAAGAGGCUGCGGGCCGAGCACGAGCGGGACCUCAGGCACUUCAGGGACCAGCUCAAACAGGAGCUGCGGCUGCUCAAACAGGAAGUGGAGCUAGUAUCAAAGGACCGUCGCAAGGACGCGUACAGACAGCGGCGCGCGCGGCUCGACGCCGAGCACGCCGAGCGCGAGCGCUCGUUCGUGGCGUCGCUCGCUGAAGCCGGGGACGCGCUGCUCCGGCGCAUGCACGAGCACCACCGCGAGCGGCAGGCGCUCACCGACACGCAGUACCUGCAGCAGCGGCAGCAGAUAAUGCGAACCCGCGAAGCCGCCCUCUGGGAGCUGGAGGAGAAGCAGAUCCACGAGCGGCACCAGCUGGCCAAGCGGCAGCUCAAGGAGGAGUUCCUGCUGCGCCGGCACCAGAUGCUAGUCCGACACGACAAAGAACUCGAGCAGAUCAAGAGGAAAAACACCCGCAAAGAAGAGGAGCUAGCCAAAGGGCAGGCGGUGGAGAAGCGCUCGCUGCCCAAACGCAUCCGCGGCGAGAUGCGCGCGCGCGAGAUGAUGUUCCGCGAGUCGCUGCGCAUCGGCGCGCACCACGACGACGAGCGCGAGCGGCUCAAGAAGUUCCAAGAGAACGAGAAGCGGCGGUAUCGUGCCGAGCAGCAGAGGCUGGCCACCAAGCAUGCCAAGGCGAGGGAAGAGCUCAAGGCUGCCGGCGAGGCGUUGCUCCGCGAGCUGGAACAGUACCAGAACGAGAAGCGCAAGGCGCUGAUGAACCACGAGAGCAACAAGAUGAAGGCCGUCGAGGAGCGCUACUCGCACGAGCUCAAGGAGUGGCGCGCCACGCUCGGCGACCGCAAGAUGGCGUUAGAAGACGAGUUUGCAGCCCAACUGGAAGAACAGGAGCGGCAGACGGCCAACGCGCGGCUCCCGCCGCCGGCGCCCAGCAUGCCGCAACAUAGCUCCGCGCUUCACUCGUCGCGGACCAGCCUGGCUUCCAGCCAUUAUGACUGACGAAAGUGUCAGUCUCGUACAUGGAAACCACCAAAAUAAAUAAAUAUUCUAAUGUGAACAUGGCAAACCUACACGCGAAACAGAUGAGUCUUGUGGUUUGCCAAUGAAUGCACCUUUAGAAUAAUAAGGCCUAAUUAGUAGUGAAGUUUAAAAGCAAUUAUUAUCAAGUUUGUCAUAUAGUUGAAAAGACAUUAUUUCAAGGACCUUGCAUUUUAAGUGGACGCCUAGACAAUUUCCUAGGGACUAGUACACCCCUAUGAAUUUAAAGCUCUUGGUUUCUUUUACUUGAUAAUUACAAGAAAUUUGCUUCUAUUUGAACAGUUCAGCUCUGUUUAGGUUUCUAGGCUUAUUACUAUAUCUAGGGGCUUUUUUAUUUAGGUUGAAUAUCUUGGACUGACCAGAAAGUGUAGGUGCGAAUAUCUGCGCUUAAAAUGUAAAUACGAUACUAAUAAAGCCUUAAUAUUUGAGUGAAAAAACAUAUUUAGUCAUUGGCUCUAAAAAUCUAUUGGAAUUUAUGGAAAGUAAUAGAGACGGUGUCUAAAAUUUCUAGCUAAAAAGGUGCGUCAAAGGUAAGUAGGUGACUUUGCUCAAUUUAGGUUAGGCAUACCAGUCACGUUCCCUUGACGCUUUGUCAAAAAAAAACUAGCUAACUACGGAACCCUAGAUAUAAAAAUAAAUGAGUAAAAAGAAUCUCGGAAAUUAUGCAAUCUCGACCGGUGCUUAAAUAUUUAGGUUUGUUUUGCGGCUAAGUAUCAAAUGUAGAUGUAAGUGAAUCUGCUGUCGAAAAUGCCGCCCAAAUUAACUUAAUCGUUUUAAAGUAAGGGUUAUGCAACCUACUGAUGGAUACAAUGAAGUGUAUCUACGUUAGGACAACGAAUCCUAGAAAGUGAGAAAUGGGUACUAUAGUGAAGCCACUUUACUGUCACUCACACGCUUCUCGCUUCCAGUAGGUUUUAAUAGCGAAAGAGAUGCAAUAGUCGUAAUUUUUUGGUUUCACUUUUUGACAUUAUUGCAUUCUGGAACUAGAUUUCUAGGCUUUAACACUCUUUAGUAAUUGCGUUUUGUAGAAACAAAUAAGAAAUGAAAAGACAACUUCACGUGACCUAGGAAAUGCUUAGUGUUAUUACAUAUAUGCACGUUUUAUGCUAAAGAAAUGCUGCUGGUUUGCCACUGAAAAUAGGAACAAACGCAGCAUGGAGUAUAUUUCAAUCAAGUGCCAAAUGAAUUGAAAACGUAUUAAACUAACCAGUAAAUAUCUACUUAAUUGGUUUAAGGAUAGGGUCUUUUUAGGGGCAUAGUCGCAAAUUUGGGCAUUGGGGCAAGGUUGUGUCUCGUAGGUGUGAAGAAUAAAAUAUGGCGCUAAUUGCUUUAAAGUUGCAAUAUUUGGUAAAGAAAAGGAAUUGAUUGUGUGUUACUGUUAAUAAAAGGUGCUUAUUGUGGAUGUGAAGCGAUUUAGGUGUGCUUAUUUUAGUUCUUGGCAGUGAUGUCAAGCUCAAUAAAUUGUUUCAAAAACGUCUUGUACAAUGUAUCGCAUUAACAAUAUAAGUAACAAUCGUUACGAGCAGUGCUUGAAUGAAACAUGUCGCGCGCUAUCUAGCAACUAAAAUGUAUGAAUGAACCUAGCCGCCGCCAUAUAAUGAAGUUACGCUCUCAUUUUAAAACUACAUUCUGUAAUAACAUUAAAUUUAACAUGAAUAUUCAAGUAACAUAUAUCUAUGUCUGGUACUAGCUCGUUGAUAGACAUUGUUUUACAUACAAAACUUCGCCAAUGCAAAGUUUGAUAUAAUUUAAGUAUGUCGUUUUAAAAUGAGAGCGCAACUUCGAUUGUAUGGGAGCGGCUUUUUGGCGGCGGGUUCGUGUGAGUCAACCGUUAGAAUCAAUUAGACAACUGAUUUUUUUUUCUGGAUGAAAAAUAAUUGUGAUGAUAUGUAUCAGCAGUGUCGAAUCAUAUCGAAGAAGUUUUAAGACUAAAAUGUUUGAUUAAAAUCUUAAGAGUGUGGUCGUAAAAUUCUGAAUAGUAAAAUAAGAAAUUGAGUCAAAUUAAUGUGGCCUAAAUUAAAUUACGCUGUAUAAAGCAAUUCCAUAGACUUAAGUAAACGAAGCGAAGUUGUGUCCUUACUAAACGAACGAUGUUGGUAUUAAUUGUAGGUAUUUAGAAAAAAAUAAAUAGAAGAUUAACUUACAAUGUGCAUAGCGUUUAGUUAAACCUUAACGCGUAUAAAUAAUUCUUCAUUAGGCAAGUCCGCACAGAACGUGGCGUCUCGCGAGGAAAUUGUCGCACGAAGCAGCCAGGUCUGUGCAGACAUGCCUCUGCCGCAUUGCAUAAGGCGAGGCACGUCUUCAUCGACCGAUCGCGUGGCAAUUUCCUAGCGAGACAACUCGUUCUGUGUCCGCCUAUUUACAAUUUUAGUUAGCUACGUUUUAACUAAAAUUUACUUAAUGCCUGUGUUUUACAUUAUCUUUUAUGGAACUUAGUCAAAUCAUGGUAGAUAGAUAAUUCCUUAAAUAAAAUGUAUGCCUUACUAGGUAGCAUUGAGAGAUCACGUACAGGUAAAACAAGGUACAUCUACUAUAAGAUCGAUAAAGAUAUUACGCGGUAUUUAAGGAGAAUAUACCCUUUGGAAUUAUCUUCCUUUUUCAUAGAAAAUAUAUAUGUAGGCGUGUAGUAAUAUAAUAGACUCACUUGCAUCCUUUUUGCCUAAAAUAAAGAAAUACUUGUUAUUAAAUAGUUGUUAUUUGUAACAUUUGGUAAUAUUCUGUACUAGUAGCGUCAUCGCGUUCGGACAAAGUACCUUCUAUUUCAUUUGCACCUUAUGUAGGGUAUACCCUUUAAUUGGCACCUAAAAUGCCAUCGUUCAUGCUAGCUAGUCGGGGCCCUGUUAUAUAAACCCUGUAAUACAAACGGAACAUCCGUUUUAAAAAAACUGAAGUUGAAAAGCAUAAUUGAAAUGCUUUUGAAGAAAUGAUAAGGUACUAGUGUUCGACGCUGCACUAGUACUCGACAUGGGCACUUUUUGUCAAAGUGACAAGGAUUAAGUUCGAAUACAGAAAAAUCUUCGUUGUUCAAAUUUAACCUAUAUUUCUAUGAAAUAAAGUGCCCAUGUCGGUGACUAGUGCAGCGUCGAGCACUAGUACUUCUACCUUACUUAAUCCAUAUAUUUUUAAAUGGCCGCGACAGACAAGUUUAAAUGUUUUUAAAUAAGAUUUAUCAUCAUAAUGUAUAUAUUGUGUACAGUAAAACAUAGUCAGUUAAGCUCGACUGACUUGUAGAUAUAAGAAAAUAUUUUUAGAUGUACAGUAUUUGUGUAUUUUUUUAAGCACACGUGCCUACUUAAUUUAUGGUGUUUUUUUAUUUUUCUUUUUUCGUCUGCCAUAAACUCUUAUCUGAACUGGAAACCAAAGACAACAGUUUAUUUCCUUUUAAAAAAGCGCUAGUCUUUUUUUGAAUUUGAAAUCGUUUUUAGCGGGAAAAAUAAAUACAUCAAUUAUCAACUUGCAAUAAGUUUUCAUUUUUAUAUCAUUUUGAAUGAUGAGCUCUAGCAACAGAUCUAGAUUCCACAUUUUGUGGUUUGGGGUACUUACUUUAAACGCAGUGUGUGGUCUGACCAUGAUGUCAAGUAGCACCGAAUGGAACCUAAGUCAUCUGUCACCUCAGGGUGCUUAGACAAGAUGCUAAUCGUUAACAAAACGCAACUGUCUCUGUCGCAUUAAUAUGGAAGAGUAUGAGAGAGAUAACUACGCUUGUCUACGCACCCAGUUUGUCACAUAUGACCGGUUAUUAAAUUAGGGGGUACACUAAAUAGAGUUUAUCGAAACCCGGUGGUGUAAUAACAAAAAGGUACCGGUUCUUUUCUUGCGAAUAUAAAAAUUAUGAUUAUGGGGCAACAUUACAAAACUGUAAUCAUUUUUUACGGGCAUAUGAUGGCCCCGCUUUUAUCGUAGUCAUCACGUUAUAACAGAUAUGUCGAGAGAUGCAUGACACGACAUACGAUAAUAGUAGAUUGAGUCACAAGGGAGCAAAAUCACUUAUUUAUGGCGAGGGCGGUCAUUGAAUCCUGAACGAAGCGCAGGAUUCUACAAUUGAAUCCCAAGCUUAGAGACGGACUCUAAAUUAGUAUCAUGAGCGUAGUGAGAGAUUCAAGUGUUAACGCCCAAGGUGGACAUCAUUUUGCUACCAUGUGACACAUGCUGCUUUUCACAUCACCUAUGAGGAAAUUAUAAUGUUCCAAAAUAUUAUUUAACUAUAAAUAGUAUGAAAAAAAGUAAAAAGAAUGUCUUAAAACAGAAAAGUGUCUCUUUGAUCCCUCCUAGCAGGGAAGAUAAAGCCCUUUUCCGAAUAAGUGAUGUGAAAAAACUCAACCAUCAUAUUCCUACAGAGUUGCCAACUUAUAAUACUGAAAAAUGAAAUGAAAAAUGUUGACGUAAUAAAAUAAGAAUAUGUACCUAUACAUUAAACUACUUGUUAUUUUAAUUUGUAAAUAUUUUAACUUAAACUAAGUGCAUUUUGAAGGAUUACUUUAUCGGAGAUUACCACAGUAUUGUCAACAUGUUAUUUGUUAGUAAUAACUCGAGGUAGCCAUUUUUAAUGUUAAUUUUAUUAUUUUUUGUCCAUAUAAAGUAAAUUAUUGUUACACCUUUCCCAGAUAUAAAGAACUUACUUUGUA